CAGUCCGGCAUUUGGUUCAGAUCCACUGCGAAAGCAACAGCGCAAAGUGAAAGAGUUUAGACGGGCUCGGCUGAAGACAAUAUGAGAGACAUACUAAGGUUCUUGCAAGCCAGGAGAAUGUGGGAGAUGUUUUCAGUACUGCUUUUAUUAACCUUGGAACGAAGCAGUGCAGAAGCCAAUUCAACAGACCCAGCCUUGGUCAUGAUUUCGGAUUCCAGCCCAGUGGAAGUAAGUCAUCCUGGCUUGACUGAUCCUGAAAUCCAGAGCUUUGGAGAUGCGCAGGCACCGUCAUCGAUACUGGAUUCUUCUGAGAAACCCCCUUCUGUGCUGACUGUAAAACAGGAUGAACGGGACAUAAAACAUAGCAUUUUUAUCACCCAGGAGGAAACUCAAAGCUCACCAACUCCAGUUACAACGCAGCAAGGAGAAAAUGUCACUCUUAAAACUCUUAGCAGAGAAAAGGACAGUGAUGGUGAUGUUACAAAAUCCAAGGCAUUGAUCCUACCUAAGGAUGGAGGGCAUCCAGCACAGAUCAAUCCUCGAAAGGGCCCCCUUGCAAAGGAAACACCCAAAAAACCAGUUGUGAGCAGAACUUCCAGGCAAUCGAGCCUCCAGCAGGCUAAAGAUAACAGGAGCCCCAGCUUUGAAACUACCAGAGGAAAGAAUUGGUGUGCCUAUGUUCACACAAGGCUUCAACCCACCAUUGUGGUUGACAAUGUACAAACCUAUAGCUCUGGGAGAGCCAAGCCAUGCACUUGGAUUACGGGACCCUGUGGAACAAGUUCCCAGUCAAGGACCCAGCAAGUUUACAGGAUCAAACAUAUUAUAGUUACCUCACUGGAGUGGAAGUGCUGUCCAGGAUACAGUGGAGGAACAUGCCAACCAACAGCCCAACAGGACCAAAUGCUCAUUCACAGCAACCAGGCAGAGAGCAACACAGCUACUACCGGACAAAUACUGGGAAACCAACAGCAGCAGCAGGAGCCCAACGACCAAGCAGUUGCACAAAAAAUGAAUGAACAGAUUAGCAGCCAGGAGAUGAAACUGACUUUGCUACAGAAGAAGGUUGACAACAUUUCAGUCGUCAUGAGAGAUGUGAGCCGGACGCUUUCCUCUCUGGAAGGCAAAAUCAAUGAAGAUAAGAGCACAGAUUUGGUGGCGUUUCUAAAAGGUUUCAAAUCUAAAGGUGUGACUGAAAUUAUCAAAGAAAUUGUAAAAGAGCAAUUUAAAGCCUUCCAAAGUGAUAUGCAAGAGACAGUGGCUCAGAUUUUCAAGAUCACAUCUGAUCUCUCUGAAGACCUUGAGAAUACGAAAGGCUUGGUCAAAGGUUUGAAUAAAUCCUGCCAGAGAUUUGCCCUUGAUAUUGAAAAUAGACCUACAAGGGUAGAAAUACUAGACAUUCGAACCCAGAUCUUGCAUAUUGAAGAAGAUAUAAGCUUUACAUGUGAGAAGCCAAUCAAAGAACUGCAAGAAAAGCAGAGAUCUUUGGAAACUGACCUAGAGCAUCAAAGCUCAAAGAGUGAUAUUUACUAUGACUCUCUGAACAUAACUCUUACACAAAUGAAAGAAGCACAUGAACAACUGCUGUCAGCUGAACGAAGCUCAGUCCAGAAUGUACCCAUAGCCGCUGAAUCAAUGAGUGAUAAUCUUACAAAUUUCAUGACAAAUUUACAGGAGAAAAUGAGAACCCAGAACCUGAUGGUUUUGCAGCUGUACGAUGAUCUCAGAAUCCAAGAUAACAAGAUCAAUAAUCUUACCAUCUCAUUUGAAAUCCAGAGACAUGAUCUACAAGGCAGAUGUGAUAACAUAUUGUCCCAGUGCAGAAGUGACAUCCAAAUGCAAAUAAGUGGUGUGGAAGGGGUCAUUCAUUCCUUAAAUAAAACUGUGGAGAAUCUCAUGUUUCCCUUGGAUGAUAAGAUGGAGAAAAUGAAUGAACAAAUUAAUGAUCUCUGCUAUGAUAUGGAGAUUCUCCAGCCCUUGAUUGAACAAGGAGUUCCUUUCAGCCUUACAUCAGAGGAUGAGUUGCGUCUUGAAACAGAUACUAUUAGCAGAAAACUGGAGAACUUAACUAGUGUUGUGACAGCGCUGAACUUCACCAUUGAGGAACUCCACAAAAAUCAGAAGGAACUUAAAAAUGAAGCUCAGGAUUAUGAUGAAAUUUCUCAGAGGCGUAUCGAUGAAUGUUUUGUUUUAAUGGAGGAUGGAUUAAACAAAACCAUGAUGGUUAUCAACAGUGCCAUUGAUUCCAUCCAAGAUAACUAUGUACUCAAAGAAUCCCUGAAUACCUGGAAAAAUGAGACCGAAGCUUGCUGUGAUCGUGGGGAGAAGAUGGAAAAUAUGUUGAUGUUAAUACCACAAUUUCAAAAGAUGAAUGAAUCCCUUCAGAUGCUAGUCAACCAAAAUGAGAAACCAAAAAGAAUUUGGCCCCCUGCGGAAUCUUCAUUUGGUGAGCAGAACAUCCAUCACCUCAGCAGAGGUCACCCUAACGCAAAUACCACAUUAUUAAAUGUUCAAGAACACAAGCGAGACACUGGUCACCCGGAUGAGAAAAUAUUGCUCUCCAGCAAUGAAUAUAAUGACCAUGAAACGCGGCUGCAGGCUGUGGAGGCAAAAGUCAUCAAAUUCUUGGCAAACAAUUGUGUCUCAGUAAGAAACGUGAAAGCGGCUGCCACGGAAAAUGAGAAAGCCAUCUCUGUUCAGCUUCAGACCUUCAAUUCUAGAAUCAGGGCUCUUGAAGCCAAAAGCAUCCGCUUAUCGCUGAGCAUCCCUGUCUUAAACAAGACAGCCAAUGAAGCAAGGAGCUUGUGUCAGGAUGUCUCUGGAACCAUUAAAGAAAUGAAUGCCAGCAUUCCCAAACUGAUGCCAAGUGUUCAUCCAGAGGGCAUAUUGUUCCAGAAAGGCUUCCAAGAGCUCACCGGUGCCGUGGUAGAGGCCAAAACAGAAGCACUUCUAGCCAAUCUAACCUUGUAUGUAGACAAGUCCCUAGAAGAGGCAGUAGACACUAUAACCAAACGGUUAAAGGCAACUGUGACAGUUCCGAAGAAGACAUUACCAGGAAAAAAGACUGCUGUGAACGCCGCUGCAAAUCAGGCUGGGAGAAGUCAGAGAAACACUGAUUCUGCUUUAGAAACAGAUUUUUCAAAGGGGUCUUACAGAUAUGCACCAAUGAUCGCCUUCUUUGCUUCGCACACCUAUGGAAUGAACACACCUGGUCCUAUUCGAUUUAAUAAUCUGGAUGUCAACUACGGGACCUCUUAUGUCCCUGCAAAUGGAAGGUUCCGCGUACCCUACUUGGGAGUCUAUGUCUUUGAGUAUAACAUUGAGUCAAGCAGCCCAUCCAUCUCAGGCUAUUUUGUGGUUGAUGGAACAGAUAAGCUAGCUUUCCGAUCUGAAAAUGGAAGCGGAGACAAAUAUGUCACUAGAGUAGUUACUGGAGAUGCCAUAUUGGAACUGAACUACGGACAAGAAGUUUGGCUCAGACUGGCCAAGGGCUCUAUCCCAGCAAAAUACCCACCUGUAACUACAUUUAGUGGCUACUUAUUGUACCGUACAUAAAAGCUGCCAUCCAAUAUUUCUUCCCUGUUACUUCUAACUUCUUUCUAUCCAAAUAAAGGAAAUCUUCUUUAGAGUUCCCAGCUCUUCUUUGGUAGAUUUCCUGUGCCUCUAAUUUUUGCACAAUAGACAGAAAUAAGAUAGGAAAUACUUUCCCUAUGCUUGGAUUUCAGUACUGGCCAAACAAUACAA